AUGCAGGGAGGGGCGACCGCGUCUCCCACAGAAGUUGUUCUCACGUCCAACGUGGAGCUCACCGCAGACUGCCUUUCCUACUCCCCUCCUCACUCGCCUCCCUCCCCGACUCCCUUCCACCUACCAAAACUCUCCCCAGCCUCUUCCACAUUCUUCCCUCCUCCCAGCACCCUCCCCGCACUCUCAGGCGCGGCCAAGCUGACCAUCAGGGGCGCUUGUGCCACCUCCAGGUGCAUCAUCAGCGGGGGUGGCGCCUUCCCCAUAUUCACCUCCCCCUCGACCACCCCCAAGGGGGGAAAGUUGACUCUGGUUAACCUCAGGUUCCAGCAGGCAGCAGGAGGCGUCUUUAAAAAUGUACGGACGGCGAUCAACGCGAGUCAAUGCAUUUUCGUCAACAACACAGUUUCUGACAUUGGCGGAGGGGUGCUCAGUGACUCCUUCCCGCCUUCAACCAACCCUCCCAAGCACGUCUUCUCAAACUGCACCUUUGAGAAGAACACGGCGGGAACAUGGGAAGGCGGCGCCAUCACCAUCAAAGCCAAGAGCUUCUACUCCUACAAGCACAACGAUCGCGUGCCUGAUCUCACUUUUCGAAGCUGCCACUUCAGGAGCAACAAUGCGUCCAGACUGGGAGGGGCGGUGUCUGUGGCGGGGUCAGCCAGGGUGCGGUUCUUUGACUGUGUGUUCAGUGCGAACCGCGCUGGUGCAUCUGGGGGAGCCGUCUAUUCUAAAGACGCCGCCAUCUAUUUCGGUCAAUCCUCCUUUUCUGGAAAUGCGGCACUUGGCACCUCCCUUGCUGGCGGCGACUCUUCUGGUGUCGGCGGCGCUGUCUACGCCGUCGUCACAGGAGUGGACAGCGAGACAGCUGCCGAGUGGCACAGUGAUCACGAGUGGGUGGUCGGAGCAAACGAGCUGCCCAGCCAGGUGAGGAAGACGGCUGAUUGGGUAAAUGGGGAAGGAGUGGGUGACUGGCUGGGGCGGGAGUGCUGCAGGAGUAGUGGGCGCAGUGAGAGCAGUGAGAAGGCGGGCUGGGUUGCGGGUCCCCACAAGGGGUGA